AUAAUGCAUGCAUAUAUACAGAUUAUUAGAUGUAUACACAAGUUUUCAACCAUGUUAUGCACAUCAAUACCAAGGAUAACACAGAAAAGGGAAAAGUGAUUCUCUUUUAUUUCCAUUGUGGUCCUUGAGUUAUAAUACGUAUUGCAUAUUUUCGAAAAACGAGUGAUUGUAUUGACUGUCAUAAAAACCUAACCGAGAUUUCACUUUAAAAGUUCUAAAAGAAAUAAGUCUUCACAGAAUAUAAUAGUUUUAGUAUCAAGUAAAAUGUCAGUUAUGGAUCAUUUUACAGAGAGUGGAAAAAGUUCUGAUGAAAUUGUUUUAAAUUUUGACAAAGGAAAUAAACUUUAUGUAUCAGAGAGCCUCUUGCGAUAUGCUUCUCCCGUAUUUGAGACAAUGUUUGAACAAAAGUUUAAGGAAAGCGAAACACGGGAAAUAGAAAUGAACGAGGAGGACUACAACGACUUCUUCGAACUACUGCUUAACUUACACCCAGGAAAACAAAAACCUGUUGACGAACAAAACGUUCUCGCUUUGGUUUCUUUAGCGCAUAAGUACCAAAUGGAUUUAUUACUGAAUCGAUGUAAAGAGAAAAUGCUGGAUAUGCUUCAUCGUCUAGAAAAAGAAAAAAAUAAAGAAAGUCCAUCUGAACGUUGUCGAGCUGUUGGUAACUGCUUUGAGAUUCUUAUUAAGGCAGAUAAUACUAAGCUUGAAGACUUGUCUACAGCCGCCAUCCAAGUUAUUGCAAGCUUUGGUUACACGACAAUUAUCGGAUCACCUCCACCAGUCUUUGGGCAGGUAGGCACACCGUUAAGAUCGUUCAGCCAAGUAGCGAGUACAGGUACAGGAGAAACGAAUGGCGCUACAGCAUACAAAGAGGACAAACAGAGAGACGUUGCCGCUACAAUUGAUGAUCCUAUAAAACAAUGCAAAGAAUUAUUUGAAAACAUUCCAGAUGAUCUAAAAGUCAGAGUGUUAUCACAAAGACUAGCCUUUUGUGACAAACAAUAGCGGUGACAUAACAAGGAUCAAGAAACAGUUUUGAAUUGGAGAAACAGAAAAAAAUUAAAAUGUUAACAUGGGUAAUGUUAUGAUAUUUUGAAUACAAACUGUCUUCAUCACACAUAAAAAUCUGCUUAUCGUACUUUUAGAAAUAAAUAUUAUUCAACUUCUGAGACAUUUAGAUUAUGAUAAGACCACCAGUUAUAAAACUGUAGUGCAGUGGAAGCAUUAAAUAUAUUUUUCUUAGAUGUUGUACAAAUCUUUGACAGAUGCUACUCAUAUAUAUUUUUCUAGUAACAAUAUUAAUAAAAAGCUAAUUUCUUGA